CAUAUCUCGUAGCUGUCACAUACAGUUCAGUGCUAGCGGAUCCACUUCCUUUCCUUUUCUAGUUUUGUUGUGCUACGAAUCAAACAUGCCUAAAGCACGCAAGGAGAAAGUAAGCGCAGUCCAGGUUUUCGGACGUAAGAAAACCGCCACCGCCGUUGCCUACUGCAAGCGUGGUAAGGGAUUGUUGCGUGUGAAUGGUCGCCCGCUGGAUCAGAUCGAACCGAAAAUCCUUCGCUACAAGCUACAGGAGCCGCUGCUGCUGCUGGGCAAGGAAAAAUUCGCCGGUGUUGAUAUCCGCAUUCGCGUGAGCGGUGGUGGUCAUGUCGCCCAGAUUUACGCUAUCCGCCAAGCCAUCUCUAAGGCGCUGGUGUCGUUCUACCAGAAGUACGUUGACGAGGCGUCGCGUAAGGAACUGAAGGACAUUCUGACGCAGUACGACCGAACGCUGCUAGUUGCGGAUCCGCGUCGUUGCGAACCGAAAAAGUUCGGUGGUCCAGGUGCCCGUGCCCGCUACCAGAAGUCGUACCGUUAAGGAUUUACAACCACACACAUAUACAUUCACGCUGUGCAUUUUGGCUGGUCAAAUUAUUCUGUACGCCGGUGUCAACUGGGAGCAGCUGUGUGUGGUACCCUUUUCGCAUGGUGGCAUGGUUGGUUGGACUGGCCAAACAGUGCGUGGCGAGUAACUCUCUCCAUAAGAUAACGCGUAUAUUGCUUCAAGCAUAAACAAUUUUGUGAGGAAGGAAUAAACGGUAAACAUCUGUACAAUCUUA